GGCAGAAACGGGUGACUUUAAAGUUCACACUAAAAGUCUGCUGUUGUCUGUCACUUGAAAGUAGGUUGGCAUUGCUCCUGCCUAAAAUGCUGGUAGCAUGUACAGCAGGUGAUGGGGUUGGAGAAGUAACAGGCCACAUCUGCUCAUUUUACAUGUAUAGCACCUGCCAUGUUACUAGAAUGGGAGAUACUAAGAAUAUAAAAAUGAAUGAGAUUUGUUCCCUGCUUUCAGAGACCUCCGGCUUACAAGAGAUAAGCAGUAAUUAACAGCAAAGUGAUGAGUCUUGUGAUAGUUAUAAGGAGGCUUUGGGAACCUAGGGGAGGACCCCUAGACUUUGGCGGUGGUGGCCAGGAAAGGCUUCCAGGAGGAAACAGAGACCUAAAAGUAGUGUAGGAGUUGGCCACGUCAGUUGAGCGAAGAUACACUAGUCAGAGAAAACAGCAUGUGUAAAAGCCUAGAAGCUAGUGAAGAUCAGUACAAAGAUGUCUGGUAUGGCUGGAGUGAGGUAGUCAGGCUGGAGAUGUGGGGUCCAUUAAGAAUAUGUGGUGGAAAGUAAGUCUCCACCUUUCGUACUUUGAGUCACCUAGGUUCCUUCCUGGGGGGCACCCACUGUUUCUUAUGCAUCCUAGAGAUACUGUGUGCAUUUAUAAAUAUGUACCUGAAUAUUCAUGUCUUCUUUCCUACACAGAUUUGUGGAUGGCCCGCUGUAUCUAGUAUAGCACUUUGCUUCUUUGCUUUUUUGUCAUGUAUAGAUUCAACCUCACUUUCUAACGGUUGGAUCUUAUUCCAUUGUAUGGACGUACUGUGACUUAUUUAACUAGUCCCCUAUGGGUGACAUUUAGAUCUUUCCCGUUUCUUUGCUAUUAGAAACACUGCUGCAUCAAAUAUCCUUAUGCAUAGGUUAUUUUGCACAUGAGUCUAUCUGUAGGAUAAAUACCUAGGAAUGGAACUGCUUGGUCAAAGGGUUUUUGUGUGUGUUUUUUUUAAAUUAAUUUUUAUUGGAGUAUAGUUGACUUACAGUAUUGUGUUAGUUUCUGCUGUAUAGCAAAGUGAAUCAGUUAUACAUAUACAUAUAUUCACUCUUUUUUAGAUUCUUUUCCCAUGUAGGUCAUUACAGAGUACUGAGUAGAGUUCCCUGUGCUGUACAGUAGGUUCUUAUUAGUUAUCUAGGGUUUGUGUAUUUGUAAUUUUGAUGGAAGGUGGCAAAUUGCUCUCUGUAAAGGUUGUGCCAUUUUCCAUCUCUCUCCCCCAGUCAUAUGUGAGAGAGUCUGGGUGGGAAGUUUGAAGGGCAGUAAUCUGAGACUCUUGGAGGUCGAAAGUAGUCACCGAUCAGGCAUAUGGUGCCCCCAUGUUAGAUACUUUACUUUUGAAGGAACCCAAAAGAAGAUGCCCUCAGUAAAUGGUUUUCACAGUGUGGGGAGGCGGUGUAGCAAGGUGGCUAGGGACACAGGCUUUGUUGUAAUAGAGACCUUUCUUUGAAUCCCGACUCUGCUGCUUACUGGCUGUGGGAGCUUAGGUAAGUCCCUCAGCCUUUCUGUCUAUUUCCUCCUCUCUGAACGGGGAUAAUAAUAGUGUCUGUUGCCUGUGUUACUCAGGAUGCUGUGAAGGUUUAAAGAGCUGAUACACUUACAGCCCUUGGAACUGUUCCUGGCACAAGGUGCUACUUUGUUAUUUUGUCAGGGCUUCUCAUUUCAUCUCUACCACCCCUUUGUUUUGAAAACAGACUACCUGGAUUUGCGUCUCAUCUCUGGCACUUCUUUGUGUGAUAUUUGGCAAGUUGCCUCAGUUUUUUCACCUGUAAAAUAUUAUUAAGGGGACAAUAUUAUUAAGAGUACCUUCCUGGGUUUUUGUGAGGAUUAAAUGUAUUAAUACACUUGGAAGUGCUUAGAGCAGUGCCCUGUAUAUAGUGUUCAAUAAAUGUUGGUGAUGUCUGUCAUUCUCUUGCAGUCUUUGGGCUGUUUUAGUGCCAUGCAUCCUUUACAGUGUGUCCUCCAAGCACAGAGAUGUCUGAGGUGGGGGCCCUUGACCUCUGUGUCCUGGCUGCUGCUUAGGACCUGCAGGGCACACAGUGGUGUCCGCAGCUCUGCAGGUCCCAGUCCAGAGAGGCGGCAGGAGGAUGGAGUUUGGAAGGAUUUCAGCUCCAGGCUGGCCACUGGACCGACUUUUCAGCAUUUUAAGAAGUGCUUCAGUUCCUCAAGAGAAACUGUCUACUCCAGAUGUGGAGGACCCACCCCCAUAUCUCACAGUGGAUGAUCUUUUAGGAAGGCAGAGAAAAGUCUACCUUGAGACCUAUGGCUGCCAGAUGAAUGUGAAUGACACAGAGAUAGCCUGGUCCAUCUUACAGAAGAGUGGCUACCUCCGGACCAGUAACCUUCAGGAGGCUGAUGUGGUCCUCCUUGUCACAUGUUCUAUCAGGGAGAAGGCUGAACAGACCAUCUGGAAUCGUUUACAUCAGCUCAAAUCCUUGAAGUCAAAACGGCUCCGCUCCCGAGUGCCUCUGAGGAUUGGGAUUCUAGGCUGCAUGGCUGAGAGAUUGAAGGAGGAGAUCCUCAACAGAGAGAAAACGGUGGAUAUUUUGGCUGGUCCAGAUGCCUACAGGGACCUUCCUCGGCUGCUUGCUGUUGCCGAGUCAGGCCAGCAAGCUGCCAAUGUUCUGCUCUCUAUGGAUGAGACCUAUGCUGAUGUCUUGCCAGUCCAGAUGAGCCCCAGUGCCACUUCUGCUUUUGUGUCUAUCAUGCGAGGCUGUGACAACAUGUGCAGCUACUGCAUUGUUCCUUUCACACGUGGCCGGGAGAGGAGUCGGCCUGUUGCCUCCAUUCUAGAGGAAGUGAGGAAGCUUUCUGAGCAGGGGCUGAAAGAAGUGACACUCCUUGGUCAGAAUGUUAAUAGUUUUCGGGACACUUCAGAGGUCCAGUUCAACAAUGCAGUGUCCACCAACCUUAGCCGUGGCUUUUCUACCAACUAUAAAGCCAAGCAAGGGGGCCUUCGUUUUGCUUACCUUCUGGAUCAGGUCUCCAGAAUAGAUCCUGAAAUGAGGAUUCGUUUCACCUCUCCCCACCCCAAGGACUUUCCUGAUGAGGUUCUGCAGCUGAUUCACGAGAGGGACAAUAUCUGUAAACAGAUCCACCUACCAGCCCAGAGUGGAAGCAGCCGUGUAUUGGAGGCCAUGCGGAGGGGAUAUUCAAGAGAAGCUUAUGUGGAAUUAAUUCAUCAUAUCAGAGAGUCUAUCCCAGGUGUGAGCCUCAGCAGCGAUUUCAUUGCUGGCUUUUGUGGUGAGACGGAGGAAGAUCACCUCCAGACAGUGUCUUUGCUUCAGGAAGUUCAGUACAACAUGGGCUUCCUCUUUGCCUAUAGCAUGAGAGAGAAGACACGGGCAUAUCACAGGCUGAAGGAUGAUAUCCCAGAAGAGGUAAAAUUAAGGCGUUUGGAGGAACUUAUCACUGUCUUCCGAGAAGAAGCAACAAAAGCCAACAAGACCUUUGUGGGUUGUACCCAGCUGGUGCUGGUGGAGGGGCUCAGUAAACGCUCUGCCACUGACCUGUAUGGCCGGAAUGAUGGAAACCUUAAGGUGAUCUUUCCUGAUGUAGCGAUGGAGGAUGUCACUAACCCUGGGCUUAGGGUCCAAGCCCAGCCUGGGGACUAUGUGCUGGUGAAGAUCACCUCAGCCAGCUCUCAGACACUUAAAGGACAUGUUCUCUGCAGGACCACUCUGAAGGACUCUGCAGCAUAUUGCUGACCUGAGUGGUUGGCCUCUCAUUCCUUCCCAGCGGGAAGAGAGAUAUGACUGGUCACUAAUGAAAGAGGUAACGAAGCUUUGGAGACAAGCUGUAAGUGGUGAAGCAACUUUCUAUGAAAUGGAAAAUGCAUUUCUUUGCUCCUUUGUGAACAGCUUUUACAGUCAUUAAAUUUACCUAAACUAAAGUGGUCCCUUUUUAUCUACUUUUACUUCAUUUUUGCCUUGGUUAGUGUCUCUGAGAUUUUCCCUAUAGUUUCUGGAUUAAGUGUUUCCCAGCCCGAUUUCUACCAGAAAACCUCUCUGGUUUUCUCCCAUGUACCCUAGGAAUUGGAGACUGAAGGGGAGGCGAAGGUGGAGAGAACCAUUUGCUUAGCAAAAACUGCUCUAGAUCUUUCUAACAUUUUGGUUUGAUAACAUUGACUUAGCUGCCUGUCUCCUCACUUUAUUCUCAUAUUUUACCUGAGAAUUUCCCUCAUGGACCCCUUUUUUAGCCUGUCAGUUCAUUCUUUUUUUUUUUUUUUUUUUGCGGUACGCGGGCCUCUCACUGUUGCGGCCCCUCCCGCUGCAGAGCACAGGCUCCGGACACGCAGGCUCAGCGGCCAUGGCUCACGGGACCAGCCGCUCCGCAGCAUGUGGGAUCUUCCCGGACUGGGGCACAAACCUGUGUCCCCCCGCAUCAGCAGGCGGACUCUCAACCACUGCGCCACCAGGGAAGCCCCUGUCAGUUCAUUCUUUACCUUCAGGUCUGACAGCACUUGGAGUUUAGAAAGCAUCAUUACCUUAUAGUAGGCUCUGAGGAGUCAUUUUUGGCCCAUUCACUACCAAGAUUAUGUCAUUCUGUGGGGAUCAUGAGAAAAAAAAUCCAAAAGAUGGUAGUGUAGAAUAUUUGGAGUCAGAAGGACUUUCGUUGAAUUCCCCACUCCAUUGCUUCAGAGUUGUGUGAACUUGAGUAGUUACUUUAUUAUUCUUGUGUGCCUUGAUUUUCUCUUGUGACAUGGGGAUAAUAAAAAAAUGCUUAUCUCAUAUGGAGUUCAGUGAGAUUAUACUUGUAAAGAAUUUAGCACUGUUUAUGGAACAUAGUAAAUUUUUUUUUUUUUUUUUAGUUUAUUUAUUUAUUUAUUUUUGGCUGUGUUGGAUCCUCGUUGCUGUGCGUGGGCUUUCUCUAGUUGCGGUGAGAGGGGGCUACUCUUCGUUGCGGUGCGUGGGCUUGCAGUGGCUUCUCUUGUUGCGGAGCACGGGCUCUAGGCGCACGGGCUUCAGUAGUUGUGGCUCGUGGACUCUAGAGCUCAGGCUCAGUAGUUGUGGCGCAUGGACUUAGUUGCUCUGCGGCAUGAGGGAUCUUCCCGGGCCAGGGCUCGAACCCGUGUCCCCUGCACUGGCAGGCGGAUUCUUAACCACUGCGCCACCAGGGAAGCCCCCAUAGUAAAAUCUUAACAAAUGAGAGUGAUCAUUGAAAGAUUUUGCUUCUAAAACAGACUGUGUAUAUUAGGAUAUGCUGAGGCUUUUAUUGUGUGUCUGGCUAUGAUCUCCUUUGACCCCUUCCACUGACCUGCAUGGUAGCCUUUGGGAAUCCCAGGCCAGGAACAUCUUCCUCACCUGUCGGUAUGGCUUGAGGGGGUUGAUUUCUGCCCUCAAGAUCCAUCUUCUACUCAAGAAAUGUUUGUUAUGGCUCUUCACCUCAGUUCUUCAUUCAAAAUAUGUGAAAAAUUCUUUUUUGGAAAUUUUAUUUUACUUUUUAUGAAAAAGUGAAACAUACAUGUGGUAAAUAAUUCAAACAAUACAGUAGGUAUCUGUAAUUGGUCCGUUUCCUUCCCAUCACUUUUUUCUAAUCCCCUAGUUCCUUUUUAAAAAUCCAGCACUUGGGACUUCCCUGGUGGUCCAGUGGUUAAGACUCCGCGCUUCCACUGCAGGGGACACGGAUUUGAUCCUUGGUUGGAACUAAGAGCCCACAUGCUGCAGGAUGUGGCCCCCCCCCGCCAAAAAAAAAAGCCAGCACAUUUAUCAUUUUCUAAUAUGUCUUUUCAGAUAUAGUCUCUGUAUAUAUGGUGUUUAGUGUGUGUAUUUGUUUCAUACAAAUGGUUAUACACCAUGUACACUACUAACAGCUUUAUUGAAGUAUGUGUAAUUGACAUACAACUGAUAUGCACACAUUUCAAGUGUAUAGUUUGGUAAGUUUUGACCUAUGUAUAUAACCAUGUAUAAACCAUCACCAAAUCAAAAUAGUGAAUAUAUUCAUCACCCCUGAAAUUUUUCUCAUGUCCCUUUGUAAUCCCUCUCGCCUCUGAUCCCCCAUCCCCAAGCUACCAUGGAUUUUUCUGUCAUGCCUUUUGACAUGUUGUGUUUAAUACUUCCCAAUUUCCCUUUUGAUUUUUUUCUUUGACCAAUGGGUUAUUUAGAACUGGGUUAUUUAAUUUCUACAUGUUUGGGGAUUUUCCUGAGAUCUUUGUGUUAGAUUUCUAAUUUAAUUACGUUGUGGUUAGAGAACAUACUUUGUAUGACUUUAAUCAUUUGAAUUUUAUUGAGACUUGUUUAAUGGCUCAGAGUAUGAUCUGUCUUUGUAAAUGUUCAGUGUACACUGGAGAAGAAUAUGUAUUCUGCUGUUGUUGGGUGUAGUGUUCUGUAAAUGUCAGUCAGUUCACAUUAAACCUAUAAUAUCCUUGCCUACUAUCUAUCAAGUUCUAUCAGGUAUUGAGAGAGGGGUAUUGAAAAUUUUUUUUUUAAAUUUUAUUUAUUUAUUUACUUUUGGCUGUGUUGUGUCUUCGUUUCUGUGCGAGGCCUUUCUCUAGUUGUGGCAAGCGGGGGCCACUCUUCAUUGCGGUGCGCCGGCCUCUCACUAUCGCGGCCUCUCUUGUUGCGGAGCACAGGCUCCAGACGCGCAGGCUCAGUAGUUGUGGCUCACGGGCCUAGCUGCUCCGCGGCAUGUGGGAUCUUCCCAGACCAGGGCUUGAACCCGUGUCCCCUGCAUUGGCAGGCAGAUUCUCAACCACUGCGCCACCAGGGAAGCCCGAAAUUUUUGAAAAUAAUUAUGGAUUUGUCUCUUUCCCUCUUGCAGUUCUACAAUGUUUUGCUUCAUGUAUUUUGAAGCUAUGUUAAUACAUGAAUAAACAUUUAGGAUUUUUAUGUCCCCUUGAUAAUUGAUUCCUUUAUCAACAUGAAGUGACCUUCUUUACCCCGGUAAUAUUUUUUGCUUUGAAAUCCACAUUGUCUAAUGUUACUGUAACCCUAUAUAGCCACUUUGACUGAUUCCCUCUCCCUUUUCGUUGCGAUGUAAUUCACCUACCAUUAAUUUCACCAUUUUAAAGUAUGCAGUUCAGUGGUUUUUAGUAAAUUGAUGAGGUUAUGCAACCAUUACCACUGUCUAAUUCCAGAACAUUUUCAUCUCUCCAAAAAGAAACCCCAUGCCUGUUAGUGGUCAGUUCUCAUUUUCCACUCCCCCCAACAUCCCUUGGCAAACACUACUAUCCUUUCUGUCUCUAUGCAUUUGCCUAUUCUGGACAUUUUCUUAAUAUAUAAAUGUAAUAAUACAAUAUGUGGUUUUUGUGUCUGGUUUCUUUCACUAAACAUAGUGUUUUCAAGGUUCAUCCAUGUUGUGUAAUGUGUUAGUCCUUCAUUCCUUUUUUAUCGUUGAAUAAUGUCAAUCAUUGGUAAUACUCCAUGUUAAUAGAAUGUAUUGAUUACUAAUUCAGUCUCCUUACUAGUUAUAGAUCUGUUUAUAUUUUCCAUUUCUUUUUGAGUCAGAUUUGGUAGGUUGUGUAUUUCUAGCAAUUUGUCCAUUUCAACCAGGUUAUCUAAUUUAUUGGCAUAAAUUGUUCAUAGGAUUUUUUUGUAAUCCUUUUUAUUUCUUUUGUUUUGCUUGCUUUGGGUUUAGUUUGCUCUUCUUUCUCUAGUGCUUAUGGUGGCAGGUAGGUUAUUGAUUCAAGAUCUUCUUUUUCUUUUAAAAAUAGACUUUGUUCUUCUAGAGUGGUUUUAGGUUUACAGCAAAAUAACAAGAAAGCACAGAGCAUUCCCAUAUACCUCCUGCCUCGUGCCCAUGUACAACCUCUCUCACUAUCAACAUCCCACGCCAGUGUGGUACAUUUGUUACAAUUGAUGAACCUACAUUGACUUAACAUUAUCAUCAAAAGUCCAGAGUUUACACUACGGUUCUCGCUUGAUGUUAUACAUUCUGUGGAGUUUUACAAAUUUAUAGACUUGUAUCCAUCAUUAUAGUAUCAUACUGAAUAGUUUCCUUGCUCUAAAAUUCUGUUCAUCCCUCCCUCCUGCCAACCUCUGGCAAUCACUGAAUUUUCUACUGUCUCCAUAAUUUUGCCUUUUCCAGAAUGUUAUAUAGUUGGAAUCAUACAUUAUGUGGCCUUUUCAGAUUGGCUUCUUUCAGUUAGUAAUAUGCAUUUAAAGUUCCUCCAUGUCUUUUCAUGGCUUUAUAGCUCAUUUCUUUUUAGUGCUGAAUAUUAUUCCAUUGUAUGGAUAUACUACACUGGAUAAAUGUAUUUAUUCAUUCACCUAAUGAAGGUCAUCUUGGUUGCUUCCAAGUUUUGGCAAUUAUGAAUAAAGCUGCCAUAAAACAUCUGUGACAAGUAUUUGUGUGGACAUAAGUUUACAACUCAUUUGGGUAAAUAUCAUGGAGCGUGAUUGCUGGGUCAUAUGUGAAGAGUAUGUUUAGUUUUAUAAAAAACUGCCAAACUGUCUUCCAAAGUGGCUGCACCAUUUUGCAUUUUCACCAGCAAUGAAUGAGAGUUCCUGCCUUAUCAACAUUUGUUGUUGUCAGUGCUUGGAAUUUUACCCAUUCUAAUAGAUGUGUAGUAUAGUAGUAUCUUGUUAUUUUAUUUGCA